AUGGCGCUGCCCCGCAACGCUGUGCCGCAGGGUCAGCAGCACGCAGAUGCAGCGGCUUCGCAGGGCAGAAGGGCGUCCGCUGCACCACCGGGUGCGCGUGCCAUAGGCACCAGUCGUCAAUCAGCUCGACGUCCUUCACACGCCUAUGCAGCAGGCCAAGGUCCUCAGCAAGGUCAGCAGGGCGCCUUUCCGUCCAGCCUGAGCUAUGUAUGGAGUUAUGCUCGCUCUCAGACCUACUAUGGCGACAAUCUGCCCACUUCGCCCAGUUUUGUCGACCGGUACGCCCCACCGUCUUUUGACUCUCUAGGCUCGAGAUCAGGCAGACAGGCCACCUCGGGCUAUGGCUCGACAGCUAAGCGUAGUAGAAGCAAGCGCAAACGCCUCAGGCAGCAGCUCCAGGCAGAUCACGGCAACUUCGACGAGCCAGACCUCGAGGCAGGCUCACGCGACGCGAGUGAAGCAGACAGUCAUUCCAGGACAGGCACCUCCGAGGAUGACAACCACUCACAGCCCUCCCAGAGUGACGAAAGCUCCGACGGAAGCUCGAGCGAGGACGACCGUCUGUCCAACCAUGCUUCGAUCCCUACGCCCUUUGAUGCCUCCCUCGCUGCUGCUACCGGCCACCUACAGUCUUGGGAGCCCGAAGAUGAAUGGGCAGCUCGGGCUAGGACCCCGUCGGCUUCUCCAAAACGGUCGCAGCAGAAACGCAGUCAGCCCCACGCCCGCCUGCCGCCGACCUCUACACCGCCGAGACGAAACGCUAGCGAGCAAACACCCUUGCUGUCCGGGCAGACCUCAUCUGUGAAUCUCGGCAAGCCAGGUGAGACGCCCGCAAUGUCGCCUCUCUUACCUGCCUCGUAUGCGUCCACGCCUUCAAUCCUGACGCCCGCUAGACCGAGCCAGCGAGGCCGCAAAGCCGCCCCAUCCGGGCUCGGCCUGCCCGCUCGAUCGCCACCAGACGGUGUGCCAUUUCCUCGCACAAAUCAUGCAGUAGAUUCAGCGAUUCGAGAGCAUCUAGAAAGCAAACGCAGGAUCACGCCCGCAGACGAGCACCGCGGCUCCUCCACGUUCGGUCAGAGUUUGUUCAAUAGCAUCAAUGUCCUCAUCGGCGUCGGUAUCCUAGCCGAGCCUCUCGCCUUUGCAUACGCUGGCUGGAUCGGUGGCACGAUCUUGCUGCUGUUCUGUGGUCUCAUCACGAACUACAGUGCGAAAGUGCUCGCCCGCAUACUCGCAGAUGAUCCAGAGCUGCACACGUUUGCUGACAUUGGUGCCAAGGCGUUUGGCUCGGCAGCACGCACGUUCAUCUCCAUCCUGUUCUGUCUCGAGCUUUCCGCCCUUAGUGUCGCUCUCGUCGUGUUGUUUGGAGACUCCAUGGGCACCCUCUUUGGGCCCUCAAGCACGACGUUUAAGCUGAUCGGCUUUCUGAUCAUCACACCUACUGUCUUUCUGCCCCUUCGUCUACUUUCCAUCAGCUCGCUUGUCGGGAUCAUUUCAGUCAUCUGUCUCACCGUAGUGAUUUCGAUCGACGGGGGCCUGAAGGCUGAACGUCCUGGUAGCCUGGCGCAUCCGAUGCCGACCAACAUUGGGCCCGACUGGCAUCACUUCCCCAUCAGCUUUGGCUUGAUCAUGAGCGGCUUUGCCGGCCACGCCGUGAUGCCUUCGCUCGCACGGGACAUGAAAGCAGACCCAACUCGCUUCAAUCGGAUGAUCGAUAUGGCCUACGUCGUCGUGGCGGCCUUUUACGGCUUACUCGCCGUCUUUGGCUAUCUCAUGUUCGGAAAUAAUGUUUCUGAUGAGAUCACCCGAGAUCUCUUGCGAACGCCAGGCUUUCCGCAGACACUGACGAAGAUUGCCGUCGUGCUCGUAGCCAUCAAUCCAGUUUGCAAAUUUGCACUGGCAACGAGUCCUUUACAUUCCACGGUAGACUAUCUGCUCGGCAUUGAUGUUCAUCAACGCGGUCACGAUGGCCACGCGGAGCCAAGUCACCCACCGCUACGCAUUUGGCCUAGCACAAGCCGGUCUCUGCGCCAUCAGAUUGGCUCUCAAUCUACUCUACGUCACCGAACAAGCUCAUUGCUCGCUCCGGACGGCAGCAUCUUUGGACCAGACGGCCCACUGCAGAGCAUGCUCUCUGUCGUCUCGCAGCCGUUGUUGAACAGCCGUCCACCGGUCAAACGUGGUGUUCGCGUGCUCGUCAAGGUCGCAACGACAGCCGUCGUCACGCUGAUCGCAAUCCUUCUGCCUCAAUUCGAGGUCGUCAUGAGCUUCCUUGGCUCUUUCAGUGCCUUUGUCAUCUGUGUCAUCAUACCGGUCUCCUCACUGAUGCGUAUUUUCAAAAGCCGUCUGUCGAGACUCGAGUAUGCGGUCGAUGUUGGCCUGCUCGCCAUCUCGACCAUCAUGGCACUCGUCGGCACCACGUGCCGUAAGCUCAAGCUGGGUCGGAUUGCACGAUGCAUCGAGCGUGAACAGCUGGGCUCUGCAUCUUGUAGCUCUCGGUUGCACCGGACUUUCGAAGCUCUCGGGGACCUCGACAUGUGUUUACGCGCAGCCUCUGCACUCACAAGGGCAGCACUAGCACGUAUGAAGCGCGCGCCAUUUGCAGGUUCUGGUGCUUUCCCUGAGGGAACAUCGCAGUGCGGCUGCAAUCUGCCACCAGACGAGGCUGGGUGGAGGCACGCUUUGCUUGUGCCAGCAUAUAUGAGCUGCUAG